AUGAGGCUGUUCAUCAGCGCUCUGUGCCUCUCGGCCGCAGUGAGGGUAAUCGCCGACACCAAGUACGGGAUGCCGGAGAAGUUCAAACUGCAGAACCUGAUAGACCCGUCGCCGGCGAAGGGCGUUGAUAAAGCGGGCUCGAAGUACCACGCCGAGAAUGUCAUCGCGAAGCACCACUUCAUGGUACCGACGUACGAGAAUAACGCGACAAGAUUUAAGGUCAUAAAAAAGAGGGUCGAGAGUAAGAAGUUGAAUUUGUUUAACUUGACA